CUAUAGAUCAGUGUCAUGACUCCGUCACUGGAGGUACUUUACUAGGCAUUGAACGUUUUACUUCAGUUGGCUGUCGGUAUUUUUAUACCAUUUGUGGUAAAAAAAAAGAAAGAAGAUGUUUGCUGAUUGAAUAAUUGGAUUGAGACAGACUACAGCGUCUAAAACAAGAGAGUCAGGUCGAGGGAGGGGGGAGAUGUCCGUAUAUAAAGAGUGAUGUCAACAGUCAGAGACUACACUCUCUGACCACAGAACACAUGCAAGGAAUUUGAACAUCAGUGGUGCGCUGAUAACUUUAGGAAAAGAAAUAUUCCUGAAGUUGCUGUAAAAUGGCUAAGUUAUACAAGAAAACCUCUAGGAAUGGCACACUUACCCUUUACCUUGGAAAGAGAAACUAUGUCGACCAUGUUCAGAAUGUGGACCCUAUCGAGGGAGUAGUGGAAAUUGAUCCUGCAGACCUCGCAGGCAGGAAAGUGUUUGUGCAGCUGGCUUGUGCCUUCCAUUAUGGUCGUGAGGACCUGGAUGUCAUUGGACUGUCUUUUAGGAAAGACAUCUGGGUCAAGCACAUCCAGUUGUACCCUGAUGCUGGCCACAAACCCACCCUCACACCCAUGCACGUCUGCCUGCUCAAGAAGACAGGAGAGCAGGGCCAUGCUUUCACUUUCGACAUUGCCACAAACCUUCCCUGCUCUGUCACACUCCAGCCAGGACCAGAGAAUGCUGGAAAGGCUUGCGGUGUGGACUUUGAAGUCAAGACUUACAUUGCAACUGAGGCAGACCCCGAGAAAGAGAAACUUGAUAAGAAAGACACUGCCCGCAUGAUCGUCCGUAAGAUCCAGUUUGCCCCAGAUGCGACUGGUGCUCCUGGGCCCAAGGCUGACAUCUGCAAGAGCUUCAUGAUGUCUGACAAGCCUAUCCACCUAGAGGCCUCUCUGGAAAAGGAGAUCUACUACCAUGGAGAUCCGAUCAAUGUCAACGUCAAAGUCAAAAACGAAACCGCCAAAACAGUGAAAAAAAUUACAAUCACAGUUGAGCAGACUACAGACGUGGUGCUCUACUCCGCAGACAAAUACACUAAAACCAUACUUUCUCAAGACUUUGGGACAAUAGAUGCCAAUAGCACAUUCGAUAAAUCCCUUGCCAUCACCCCCCUACUGGCCGACAACAAGGAGAAGCGCGGUCUGGCGCUGGACGGCAGACUGAAGGAUGAGGACACAAACCUGGCCUCCAACACUAUGAUUAGAGCCGGUAUGGAUAAGGAAGUGUUGGGAAUCUUGGUCUCCUACAAAAUCAAGGUCAACUUGAUGGUCUCUUCAGGAGGCUUGUUGGGAGGUCUCACAGCCAGUGACGUACAGGUGGAGCUCCCCCUGAUCCUCAUGCAUCCCAAACCCCAGGAAGUAGCCCCCUGAGAGUAGAGACCCCUAAGAGUGAAUGGGAGCUUCUAUCUGACAGACUUAUAGACCAUACUGUACAGACAGUAGACUUACCUUUGAUGUGAAGUGUCUGUUCAUUGUAGGGCUGUUGAACUCUGGUCUUUACAGAGGCCAGGCUUUUCCCUGGAUAGAAUUAGCAUUAAGGCACCCACAGUAGUAUUUCAAUUAAGUAAAAAAAAAACUGUAGAUUAAUCAGAUGAUCCUGUGACUAAAUCGAGUGAUAGUAAUCAUGGCAUUACUUCAUGACCAGAGUUCACUGCCUCAAUUCACAUGCUGUCAUUCACUGUAGUCGUCUAUGACAUGUGUUUCGUGAAUCCCCAGAAUGGAAGUUACCCUUGAGGUUGAGUAGAUUCCCUCAGCAGGAGAAAAAAGACAAGGAAAGAAGGACUGUAAGGAUGAAAGGAGCAAAGCUGUUGACGGCUGCUCAGAUUGAAAGACUGACGAACAAACCAAAGAAAAAACAGGAAUACCUCAUAAGAAGAACCAUCCAUCAAAAACAUGAUGUUGAUUUCUCUUACUAUUACAGACACGUUUUCAGUUGUAGUUUUGUGAGCCUGUACUGUGGUGACGUACAGUGGCGACGCGUCAUUCAGGGCAGUUGGGGCUGAGCCCCACCUGUUUUGAGCCCCACCUGUUUAGUUAAAAAACUUUUUUUUUACUUUUUUGUGUGCC